AUGGCCGACACCAAGGCCGUCUACACCCCCGAAUAUGCCUCCUACAACUGGACUGGCGCCCCCUCCGACUAUUCCGCUCUCGCUACAAAUGAAUUGGGUGGCGAUUCGCGAACUGAGAACCUGAACAAAUGGUUUCAAUCUGGGGAUCAGGCCUUCAUCAUUGUCGCCUCCGCUAUGGUCAUGCUCAUGGUUCCCGGCCUCGGUUUCCUCUACUCCGGUCUCGCGCGUCGCAAGUCCGCGCUCAGUAUGAUCUGGGCCUGUAUGGCCUCGAUGUGUGUGGUCACUUUCCAAUGGUACUUUUGGGGUUAUUCGUUGGCCUUUUCUCCCACCGCGACCAACGGUUACAUUGGAAACCUGCGCAAUUUUGGUCUGAUGAAGGUCUUGGCCGAUCCCAGCCCGGGAUCGCCUUUGGUGCCUACCCUGCUUUAUGCUUUCUAUCAGAUGCAAUUCUGCGCCGUCACCGCUGCUAUCGUCAUGGGAGCCGUCGCCGAACGAGGUCGUCUUCUUCCCGCCAUGGUUUUCACCUUCAUCUGGGCUACGAUCGUCUACUGCCCAAUUGCCUGCUGGGCGUGGAAUGUGAACGGAUGGGCAUUUAAAUACGGUGUCUUGGAUUAUGCUGGUGGUGGUCCCGUCGAAAUUGGCUCUGGUCUGUCCGCGCUCGCCUACUCCAUGGUUCUCGGUCGUCGUCAGGAGCGCAUGAUGCUCAACUUCCGCCCUCACAAUGUUUCGCUUAUUCUGCUCGGAACCGUUUUCCUCUGGUUUGGAUGGCUGGGAUUCAACGGGGGCUCUGCCUUUGGUGCCAACAUGCGCGCAACGAUGGCCUGCUGGAACACCAACCUGACUGCGGUCUUUGGCGCUGCUACCUGGGUGAUUCUGGAUUGGCGAUUGGCCCGCAAGUGGUCAAUGGUGGGUUGGUGCUCUGGUACCAUUUCUGGUCUUGUGGCUGCCACUCCGGCCUCGGGAUUCAUCACUCCUUGGGCCAGCGUUGUGCUUGGAAUUGUGACUGGAAUCGUGUGCAAUUACGCGACAAAGGUCAAAUACUGGAUCAGAAUUGAUGACUCGAUGGAUGUCUUCGCGGAGCACGGUGUCGCCGGUAUCGUCGGUCUAAUUUUCAACGCGCUUUUUGCAGACGACGCCAUUGUUGGCCUGGACGGCGUCAACACCGGUCUUGGAAUGGGCGGAUGGGUUAUCCACAAUUACAAGCAGCUCUAUAUUCAGAUUGCAUAUAUCGUUGCCGCCAGCGCGUAUGCCUUUGUUGUUUCCGCCAUCAUCGCCUACGCCAUCAACGCCAUUCCCGGCCUGAAACUCCGUGCCUCCGAGGAAGCCGAACUGCUCGGCAUGGAUGACGACCAGCUCGGUGAAUUUGCUUACGAUUACGUCGAGGUCCGCCGCGACUACCUCGCCUGGACCCCUCAAAAGCAAGAACAGCUCGCAGACGGCCACGAGAUCCCCGCUGCAGCCCGAUACGGAAUCGGAGAGCACAGCGACAUGAUGUUGGACGGCCAAACCCCCGUCGGCGGAGACAGCCGCGGUAGCGAACACUCGGGGAUUCAAGAGAUCAAGGAACAGGCGCAAGCGCAAGCGCAAGCGCCACCGUCGCUCCCGGCACACCCUGCGGAAGAUGAGAAGGCCGUUCAGCCUUAG